CCCUCCCCUCCCCUCCCACCCACACCAGCACCCACCAGCCACCCUCACUUCACCAUGUGGAUUUUCGGCAAGAAGGAGACCCCCGAGCAGAUGGUCCGGCGGUACCAGCGCGCGCUGGACCGCUCGAUGCGCGAGCUGGACCGCGAGCGCGCCAAGCUCGAGAACCAGGAGAAGAAGCUCAUGGCCGACAUUCGGCGCUUUGCCAAGCAGGGCCAGACCAAGACCUGCCAGAUCAUGGCCAAGGACAUCGUCCGGACCCGGCGCUACGUGCAGAAGUUCAUCCAGAUGCGCACCCACCUCCAGGCUGUCAGCCUGAAGAUGCAGACCAUGCGUUCAACUCAGGCCAUGGCGCAGGCCAUGGGCGGCGUGACCAAGGCCAUGCGCUCGCUCAACAACAACCUCAAGAUGCCGGCCAUCCAGAAGAUCAUGCAGGACUUCGAGCGCGAGUCCGAGAUGAUGAGCCACAAGGAGGAGAUGAUGGGCGACGCCAUCGACGACGUGCUGGAUGAGGAUGGCGAUGAGGAGGAGGAGUCCAACCAGAUCCUCUCCCAAGUCCUCGAGGAGGCCGGCAUCUCCAUCUCCGAGCAGCUCGGCGCCACGCCCGUCGGGACGACCCCGCAGCCCGGGCAAAAGGAGGACGAUCUCGACCGUCAGCUCCAGCAGCGCCUCAACGGCCUUCGCGGGGAGUGAGUGUGUUGACACGCGCGCCGUCCUCUCCCCUGAUUCGGCCGCCAAUUUCUCCAUGUUUCCCCCCUUUGCUUCUCCCUCUAGUUUCAGUCCGCGCGCCCGGCGCAUGCCCUUGUUCCCCCCUCUCCCCUCCCCCCCCU